GUUUUUUGCAGUUGGGAAGAGUUCUCGGCUGUGCUGCCACAGAAUGACAUGGCUUGGUGUUUGCGACUUGGGGCAGAUAUUUAUUUUGAGUGCGUUUGGGGGGGCGGGGGAGUUGGAGGGCUUUCUGUACAACAACGUGAAAUGUAACAGGUCAUUGCGACCACUUAAAGGGACCGACACCAGGAGAGGUGGACUGGGCUGAGAGAUGAGUGCAGUUCUUAUGUGAUGACGAGGAAGUAACUCCUCGUUGUUUGUGAGGGGAGACCUACCGAUCGAAAUAGUGAUUAUUGACAGCUAAACAGCUUCAGCAGAGACCAGACUAAUGAAAUUACAGGAAUCAAUUAAUAAGAAACAAAGAGAAGAACAUUGAUCUUGGUAUAUCCAAGGGGUGAAAAAUGCAACAUGGCAUUCCAGAUAACUACAGUCACCAGGGUUUCCACAAUUCAAUGUCCCAGAAAGCUUUUGGAAGAUCGUGGUGUGCUGUUAAUGGAAAGCCUUCAUCGAAUUACCAGACUUGGAAAGCCUUCCCUGGAUCUUCCUAUUCUGCAAAUGUACCAGCACCAAUCUAUCCAUCGGAACUUACUGGCCAACAUGUCUAUCCUCCAAAUGAAUUAUCACCAUAUUGCAGUGACUCUACUUUUCAUCCGUCCUCGCUAAAGUCAGCCCUAACUGGAGGUUCCCAAUCUGAAAUUAGACAAAACUCUGCUUAUUCAAGGUCUUGGACAACUGGGGGUCAGCCGGUCUGUUUGCAAAGUAGAUCAAUGCAGUCUGUUCCAUCUUCCCAGCAACCUACUGUUGAGUUUGUGACUGGCCAAAACAGGCCACCAGCUUGGAAUCGAGAUGGCCACUCGAGGCGUUUUGCACCGUAUCAGAAUCACACAGCCUCUGGCAUGGAGCCUAACAGUCAGAUAUUUCCCAUUACUCGCCUCAGACUACCUCUGCAAAAACACAAGAUGUCCCCUCCUUCAGAGCAAAGUUCAAGUUGGGACAAUGGAAGAAUGCCUCUUAGAGCUGCUCAAGUGGAACACUAUUGGAACAAGCAAGAACCCAAUUACCAGCAAAAGCCUAUUCCUGGAUGUUUCAGCCAAAGAGCUAAUCAGCAGUCUUCCAAUGUACUCAGUCAUCAUUCAGAGCCGUUCCAAAAUGUCAAUAUUGGAGUUUACAAAGAGUCCACUGGCCCCAACAUGUUUGAAACACAUCUUCAGGGAGAGGUGCUACAGAGAGACUAUGUCACAGUUCCACAAGUAACAACUCAAAACCAUUUCAUGCAACUUAGCCUCAAAGAAGCAAACGCAAAUGUUCAAGAAAUAAAGGCAAUGGGUAAUAAACCUUAUACUCAGACUCCAAGCCCAGACGGUUUAGGAUUUGCUUCAUUCCUGGGAGUAGACGCUCAGAGUGCUAAUGGUGCAACUUUUCAAAGUCACUGCAGCGAUUACGAGUCCACGAACAGAGGGCAGAAUAUUUCAGACACGUACCCUCAAAAGAACCCUUCAUUUUCGAGGAAGAGAAAAGGGGUUGAUACAAUGAAGUUUCUUUCGGAACUUUCAAGCAGUGAGUUGAAGGCCUUAAUUUUUGCAUUUGAGUUUAUGGAAGGGAAGAAAAGAGCAGCUAAGCAGCAGAGUCAGCUGCCAGGUGCACUGCAGAACUCUGCAAAACUGCCACCCUGCCAAUAUACAGCGCAAAGCACACCUUGUAACGACAUCAAUGGGAUAGCUCAUCGACCCGUCAAUUCAGUGAAUGGAUAUGAAGAGAAAAGUGAGUCAUGUACUUUAUCAGUACUUCGGAGGCUGGAGAAGGAAAAAGGAGCCGAAUGGAAAGGAAGGAACUUACAAAUUGCCUGUGAUAACCGCUUGCCUCUGAACACGACGCCGACAUCAUAUUCAAACUUCAUGGAUCCGAACAAUGUUCUGUCAAUGGGAGAUUAUUGUACGCAGAAUAAAAAUAUGAACAGCAGUGUUGUUUAUCCAAGUCAAGAUUCACAGCAAGUUUUGGCUCCCCACGUGGGAAAUUCCAAAUCUUUCCAGCCAGUGAAAGAGAGAUCUGUCCCAUCUCUCCAAGAUCAGAAGGAGAAUUCUGUUUGUCAAAAUGUUGCAGCAACCUCCCAUUCAAAUAACCAUUGUGGCGUUGUGGGUACUGAUUGCAUCUUAAAGAGUUAUCUGCAAACUUCAUCGUCUGUCAACCACGAUUAUCUUGGAUCUGGCCAACUAAAUGGAAGGAGUUAUUCCAUGCAGCCAAUGGAUCCCAGAUCUGCAGCAGACACUAACCAGACUAAUCUCGCAGUCCUGAAGCCAAAUGCAUCUCGGCAUGAUGAACAAGGUUCAAAAGAAAUCGAGUCACUGUAUAAUAUGUUGCAGUAUUCAUAUGUAAAUAAAGCAAAUAGUCACCCAAAACGUCUGAAGAUGGAAGCACCCUCAACCAACAUUCGCCCAUCCUCAACUGAGCUAGAACAGGCAAGGUCAAGAUCUGUCAGUGCUGCACAGUCAUAUUAUGGCAACCAGGUUGCAGAAUAUAUGCAUAGUAAGCAGUCACCAUACAUUAAGAGUAACGUAUCGAGCUCUUCCGCACAAUCUCUCUCAAGAGCCCCCGGCAGGCAGGAUGCUGAAGUUGCACAUCCACUGUCAGAAAAGUUAAACAUAACACAAAAACAUAAAGAGUCAGCUCCCUUAAAUCGAUCAGGAGACAAAAGGAUUGGGUCAUUGCUAAGACGUCUAAUUGAUAAUUCGAAGGAUCAAUUCAACAAUGCCGUCUUCCCGAAUUUGGCUGCGCAUAAGUUACCAUGCCGUUCAACUGAACUAUCAGGGGGCCCACAGCUGCCUCGUACAAUGGAUGUUGCACCAACUCCACAGAGCAUCAAAAUUGAACAGCAGGUUGGAGAAUACCCUGUCGACAACUUCACUACAGCUUCAGUGGACUCCCACAAAUUCUUGGCAUUGGUGUCUGAAGAGUCGAGUAGAGGGCAAAAAGCUGCCAUCAAUAAUGUUCGCUUCUCAAAUGCAGGAUCAAAGGGUCAAUGGGGGAAUGUUUCAUUCCCAGAGGAUUUUCUGGAACAGGGCUUUAUCUCCCCUGCUCCAUCUCUCAAAUUGGCUAAUGGUCAGUCAGCCACUUCUGUUUCUAACACAGGCCAUGCAGAACUCGCUUGUAAAACCAGCAAUGGGCCAUCUGCAGAAAACAUUGUGGAAAAAAUGUCUUCAGCUUCCGACAUUUAUGCAGCCAACAUCUGUAAUUCAUCCCCAGAAAGUGUUGUUGAGGAACUAACUUCAGAUUCAAAUUCCGAGGAACCUUUAGCAAAGGAUUCAGACACCUUAGAAUUUAUUUUACGUUCCCUGGGGAUUAUUCCUGAAGACAGUGAAGAAGAAAGUGAAGCAAUUCUAACAUCGUUGGCGCCUAUGGCAGGAGAGAACACAGUUGUGUACUUUCCAGACAAUCUUUCCCGUGCAGAAUUACGUCAGGACCCAGACACAUAUCUACCGCCAUUCAAUAUGGCCACACAGAGUAAAAAGCAAGUAGCGGUGGCUUCCCAAGAUCCCUUCUCAACAAUGUGGAAAGUAAGCACAGAUGCUUCAAAAUUUGCUUCAUUUGGUACUAGAGAAAGACAAUAUAAGUGCAACCUACCAGCUGAUCCUCUGUACAAUGGCAAUGCAGCUUUCAUGGCUGGUACAUCUGAUGGAGUAAACCAACUGAGCUCUCUUCAGCAGCCUAACAAUCAAGUGACGAGUGAUCAAAAUGCAAUGGUACUGAAUAGUGCAGAACAUGAUUUUCCCUCAAAGGCAACUGGGGUGUCAGAUAUAGAGACCCAGUUGGCCGUUGCUUCGGUUCAAGUUGACACAGAAGCUGAAGAAAAUUUACCUGAUAAUUCAUCCAGUGCACACAUGGUUGCUACCGACAUGGCCCAAUUCGAAGAUGUUAGGUUGCACGAUGAUAGUCCUCCAUCAAACACAGCAGGUUGUUCUCUGCUGUCUUCACCCAACAGCUCGUCAUCUGUGGAGUUGGCACAGCCAACACAAAUAAAUACUGUUCCCUUUCAACCUGUGGAUUUGGGCAGCAAUUACAAUGGGCAUUGUUGGAGAAACUGCUCGGGUAUUUUAUCUUCUAGUAAAAUGCCUAUUGUAACUGACUGUGCGGCAUCUGCUGUAAACAUAGUCAGAUAUAAGAAGUACGCGGUGGACAGGCAUUUUGAUUCACACAAAGGGUUAAGCAAGCAGAUUAACCCAAUUCCACAGAAAGAAAUUGUGUGGUCUUUUGAGACCAUGGGAUUGUCUAAUUCAAUGGCCUGGGAGAGUCAUGAAAAUAUCCUGCCCGACAGUAAGGAUAACGUUGGAAGUUCGUCAAACUCUACACAGGCAGCAUUUGCUAGCCACACAGCAGGAGCUGAAAUGUUACCAGUUGAUGAUGCAUCAAACAGUGCUGAUUGUAUUUCCAUCAACCUUCCACAUGCAAAGAAAGGCACGUUGCACACGAGAAUAAGAUCACAGUGCACAAUUCCUGCUUCAGGCUGCCCCAACAGCAACAGUGGAUUAAAACCGGUUGGUGCGACUGUGGGGCAGCAAGUGCUUGAAGAUGGCUGCCUGGGGCAAGAAAAAAUAUUGAGUGGGAGCACAGUUUUGGCAGCCAGUAGAAAUCCCAAACCUGAUUUGGCAUCAGGGAUUAGGAUCACAUUUGUAUAUUCACUGUCGGAAUACUGGGAACGCGGGACAUUCAUAAAUGGCAAGGACACAAUUACGGGAUCUUUGGCAAGCACUGGUCAAGAGCUUCAGAGAUGCGUCAGAAAGGUGUGCCAUUUCUCCAGUCGCCAAAUGAAAGAAAAAGCAAAAGUGGGAAAUAGUAAAGCAAUAUUCCUUGCUUUAAUGGGAACUGCCUCAAACUUUGGAGAAAGCCAACAGAGAGAUGACGUUACCGAGAUGCCUCACAGCCAGGAUACUGUACCUUACACAAAUAACUCUCAUGUUCAUUUCGGUGAACCUGUCAGCCCUGUGGCUAAACAUUCAGAGAGCCGUUUCCAUCCAGAGGUAAACUUGGGUAGAAUUCCUGUGGACGAUAAGCAUGCAAGUGAAGCAGCUGCUUCCACAAACACCUCCAAUGUGCUGCCUGGGAAUGGACAUUGUGAUGAAAGCCCAAGUGAAGACUUCACCAAUGCGGUAGUGAAGGAAACAUCUGCUCUCUGCUGCUUGAGUUCCAGAGAGACGAUGAAUCAGGAUUUUUUCAACAAGAAUAAAGUUUCCUCUGCAGCUGAGAUGGAAAUGUCAACUGAGUCCAUUUUACAUUUCUGGUCUCCUUCCAAAGAUGAUACAGAAAUGGACUAUCCAAGUCAAGAGCCUGAGAAAAUAUUUGAUUUUGAACAUGGGAUACAGAGGAUAUAUGGUGGGUUUGGAAUAUAUACUGCAGCUGGUGCAGCAGAAUUAAAUAAGAGAAUGCACAAGUUGAGUGCCCUGCAUCAGCUCAACUUUGGUUUCACAACAGGUGUCAAUGGAAGCCAGUUUCAUCGAGAAAAAUCUCACCUAAACAGAUUGUACAACCAGUGCAAUGAAGCAAAAGUCAUUGAAGUCGAAGGAUUGUCUGGAGAACUCGAACCAACUUUGAUGGAUAGAGCUGCUACAUCCCAUCUCACGACCAAUGAAGAUAACAUGGGUAGUUGGACUGAUACUGCUUUAUUAAAAUUGCUGCUGGAGUCCAGCAGCCCAACAUCUUGUCUCCAAAGCAGCAGUGACCAAAUGGGUAGUCAGCUGGGCAACUCUGUACAUGGGAACAAUGAGGCUGAAGCCGGCCAAACAAAGAGAAUUAUUCCUGCCAUGAUGCCGAGUGAACGGCAGAAUGGCAUACGUGAUAUUUGUGAACUCCUAAGCCAAGGCAGAGGUAUGACUGGGCUUUCAACACAUCGUUUUAGAGAUGAAGAAAGUCUGAAUGAAUGUGAGCCUAGCGUGGAUCACUGUAGUGAAAUAAGAAUUAAAGUACUGGAGCAUCAAGAACUCAACAAUGUUCUUUCUGAGAUGUCGAAUAGCAUUCUUAAUCCACAGUCUGAAGGGGCAGAGGAAAGUUCAGAAGGACAAGGCCCAGAAAGCUAUUGGAAGGCUACCAAGAACAGCGAUUGUCGAUAUUUGGAUACAACUCGAUCUGCACUAAUGGAAAUUUCAGCCACAGAAUGCUCUUCAGAGACAUCAAAUUCCGCAAUGCUAUCUUUCAGUAGAGUUGUAAGCAGUAUGCAGCACUGAUGCAGAAUUUGGAUCAGACCAGACUUUAUGUAAGGGCCCUGAGGAUUUGACAAGGAAGUCCAUCCCAUGAAGACUGCACGCCAACUGAUGUCUCUUAGCAUGUGUCUGGAUAAUCUCCAGAAGAAGCCAAAAAUGAGCAUGGCUUCCCCAGAGGUUCUGCAUCUGUUUACCUUGUACUGCACUACACAAUGCACUUAAAUGCACUGCUUGAUGUAAAAUAAGUAUUUUUACAGAGAACAUGCAUCUUAAAAAGAAAUAAAAAUCUUAUUGUCUGUAAUUGUAUCCCAAUAUAGCCAUUUGGGAUCAAAAAUUUUCAUCACACGUUUUACUUGAUGAGCUGUAAUGAACUUUAUGUGUGAGGCUUUGGCGUUACAGAACUUCCACAGUAAGUUUUGAAUAAAUGAUGGUGACCCUACAUUAUUACAUUUUGUAUGGAAGAAAAGGGGCAUUCUGUAAAUAUUAUAAGGGUAAUUAAUAAACGUGUUCAUGCUAUA